AUGUCCGCAUCCACAGCACGAGGCAUCCGAAUUGCUAUUGACCGGGGCGGCACUUUCUGUGAUUUUUGGGCCAGCAUCCCGGGCCGCGAUGAAGAUGUCAUCUUCAAGCUGCUGUCAAACAAUCCGGGUGAAUACAGCGAUGCCCCGAUUGAGGGGAUCCGGCAGAUUCUCGAGAUGGCCACAGGAGAGACCAUCCCCCGAGGAACGCCGUUAGAUAUCACCCCUGUGGAGUCCAUCAGGAUGGGAACCACUGUUGCCACAAACGCCUUGCUAGAACGAAAAGGCGAGCGAGUAGCCCUCGUCAUCACAAAAGGCUUCAAAGACCUGUUGAUUAUUGGUAAUCAAGCACGACCCAGUAUUUUCGAUCUCUCCGUCUCCAAACUCGACUCUCUGUAUGAAAAGGUCAUUGAGGUCGACGAGCGAGUCACUAUGGAAGGAUUCGCUGAAGAUCCGGAUCCCCAACCAGUGGAUAUCAAAUCGGACCCUAGCUUAGUCCACGGUCUUACAGGAGAGGCCGUUCGAAUUUUAAAAGAGCCAGAUUUGGAAAAGAUCCAACAAGACCUUCAAGCUCUAUGGGACGAGGGCUACCGCACACUGGCUGUUGCCUUUAUGCACUCCUUUGCAUUCCCCAAACACGAAGCCGCCGUUGCAUCCAUUGCUCGCCAAAUUGGUUUCAAAACAUCAGUUUCGUCUGAACUACAGCCCAUGAUCAAGAUUGUCCCCAGAGCACAAUCAGCGACAGCCGACGCUUAUUUAUCUCCCGUUAUCACACAAUAUAUCGAUGGUUUCAGGUCCGGAUUCAAGGGCCGUCUCGAAGACCACAAUGCCAAGAAGUUUCUUCUCUGCCAAUCGGAUGGUGGCCUUACAUCCUUGUCGAGGUUCACUGGUCUCCGGGCUAUUCUUUCGGGACCUGCAGCCGGAGUUAUUGGCUGCGCAAAAACAUGUUACGAUGAGGAAGAAGGCACGCCUGUGCUUGGCUUCGAUAUGGGAGGUACGAGCACAGAUGUGUCUCGGUAUAGCGGCGCUUUCGAGCAUGUUUUUGAAACAACCGUAUCUCAAGUCGCUGUUCAGAGUCCGCAACUGGACGUACAGACUGUUGCCGCUGGCGGAGGCUCCAUGCUGUUCUGGAGGAAUGGCUUGUUUGUUGCAGGGCCGGAAUCUGCUGGAGCAUACCCAGGUCCGGCCUGUUACGGUAAAGGAGGACCACUCACUAUCACAGACGCAAACUUUUAUCUGGGCCGCAUUCUUCCAGACUACUUUGCUCGUCCUCUUGAUUUCGAUGUUGUGAAGAAGAAAUUCCUAGAGUUGACCGAGGUUGUCAACACUGAGAAGAAGGGAUCUGAAAAACUCACUCCUGAGGAGGUUGCUAUGGGUUUUCUCCUCGUAGCCAACGCCUCCAUGACCCGGCCCAUUCGUGCACUCAGCGAGGGCCGAGGCUUUGAAACUGCAUCUCAUAACUUGGCCUGCUUCGGCGGUGCAGGUGGACAGCAUGCUACAGCUAUGGCACGCGACCUCGGAAUUAAGCGUGUUUUGAUCCAUCGAUUUUCAAGUAUCUUGUCUGCGUAUGGAAUGGCGCUGGCCGAUGUGGUAGUCGAACUUCAAGAACCCGAGUCAGAAGCGUACAACAAAGAGUCUGUCUCUCGUAUUGAAAAGCGCGCCGAUUCGCUACGACAGCGUGCUACCCAGCAACUAAUCAAAGAGGGCUUCACGACAGAAAGAAUCCAGCACGAGGUCUUCCUCAACAUGCGCUACCGCGGAAGUGAUACUUCCCUCAUGAUACCCGAGUCCGACGCCUCCGACUUUGGUGAGGGAUUCAUCGCUCGGCAUAAGCGAGAGUUUGGCUUCACUCAGCCACGCGACAUUUUGGUUGACGACGUGCGUGUCCGCUCCAUUGGGCAAGCCAUGGAGAUGAAGGCAAGCAGCCCAUUCAAGCAGCUAGCAGGGAUUGAUCGCACAAAGCCGCAAUCUAGCUCGGACUUGAAGCCUGCGCUUAUCCGCAAGGUCUACUUUGAGAAGGAAGGCUGGGUUGAUGCUCGUAUUUUCCAUCUGAAGGAUGUUCCCAAGGAAAGCAUUAUCCUAGGACCAGCUAUGAUCAUCGAUGCCACCCAAACCAUUGUCGUCGACCCUGCUAGCGAAGCUACUGUUUUGGAUGAGCACGUUGCCAUCGAAUUGCUUGAUGCCGAAGUGAAAAAGGUUUCUGCUUAUGAAGUCGACCCCAUCCAGUUAUCCGUCUUCAGUCACCGAUUCAUGAGUGUCGCAGAGCAGAUGGGAGAGACUCUUCGCAAGACCUCCAUCUCUACGAAUAUCAAGGAGCGUCUUGACUACAGCUGCGCCAUCUUUUCCUCGGAUGGUCGCCUUGUAGCCAAUGCUCCCCAUAUCCCAGCUCACUUGGGAUCAAUGUCUUACGCCAUUGCCUACCAAGCCAAGCGAUACGCCAAGGGAGAGCUCAAGCCUGGAGAUGUGGUCUUGUCCAACCACCCCGUUGCCGGUGGUACUCAUCUUCCCGAUUUAACCGUAACGACACCAGUCUUUGACGAAAACGACCCCACAAAGAUUCUAUUUUUUGUGGCCAACCGAGGCCAUCAUGCUGAUAUUGGUGGUAUUGCAGCUGGCAGCAUGCCGCCAAACUCAACUGAACUAUGGCAGGAAGGUGCCGCAAUUGAGUCCUUCAAGAUGGUCAAGGAGGGUGUCUUCGACGAAGAGGGUGUUGUUCAUCACCUGUAUGAGGUUCCUGCAAGCUAUCCCGGCUGCAGCGGCACGCGGACACUGAACGACAACAUCUCUGAUCUCAAAGCUGGUAUCGCCUCUAAUAACAAAGGUAUUCACUUGAUUCAGGGCCUUGUUCGGGAAUACAGCUGGCCCGUUGUCGAGUUUUAUAUGCUUUCGGUACAGAAAAAUGCUGAAGAAACUGUUCGUGGACUGCUCAAGGAGUUCAGUCAUCGCUUCCAAGGCCAACCUCUCGAAGCUGUGGACUACAUGGACGACGGAACACCGCUGGCACUGAAGAUCACUAUCAACCCUGAAGACGGUUCUGCAAAGUUCGACUUUGCAGGCACUGGUCCUGAAGCACUCAACAACUUGAACAGUCCGCCAGCUGUCAUGUACAGCGGUAUCAUGUACUGUCUCCGAUCGAUGAUUUCCUCAGACAUCCCUCUUAACCAAGGUUGCUUGAACCCUAUUCAGGUUGAGUGCCCGCCCAACUCGAUUUUGUCUCCUAGUAUCAAAGCUGCAACAGUCGGCUCCAAUGUUGAGACCGCACAGCGCAUCAUUGAUGUCAUCCUCAAAGCCUUCCGUGUCAGUGCUGCUAGCCAAGGUACAUGUAACAAUCUCACCUUUGGCUAUGGUGGCAAAGAUCCCGAAACCGGUGCCAUCACAAAGGGAUUUGGGUACUACGAGACUAUCGCAGGUGGCGCAGGUGCAGGUUCCAACUGGGAGGGCCAGUCUGGUGUGCACACUGGCAGUACUAACACCCGAAUGACCGACCCGGAGACAUUCGAGAAACGCUACCCGGUCAUCUUGCGUGAAUUUUCUAUCCGGAAGGACAGCGGUGGCGCCGGUAGGAGCCGUGGUGGUGACGGCUGCAUUCGUGAUAUUGAGUUGCGUCGUCCACUCCAAGUUAGCAUUCUUUCUGAGAGACGUGUUGUCGCUCCCUAUGGAAUGGCUGGCGGAGAAGAUGGCAAGCGAGGCGUCAACUUGUGGAUUCGGAAAGACCCAACUGAUGGAAGCGAGAGGGUUAUUUCGGUGGGAGGCAAAUCUUCCAUGGCAAUGAAUACAGGAGAUCGUAUUGUGAUACAAACUCCUGGUGGUGGCGGAUACGGUACUCCUGAGAAUAAGAAGAAACAGGUUGAACUGCUAGGGGAGUUUGAAGUGAGGAAGAUGAAUUUUCACUAA